AUGAAGCUGUUGGAGAACUCAAGUUUCGAAGCAAUAAACUCCCAGCUGACGGUGGAGACGGGAGACGCUCACAUCAUCGGCCGGAUCGAGAGCUACUCCUGCAAGAUGGCAGGUGACGACAAGCACAUGUUCAAGCAGUUCUGCCAGGAGGGGCAGCCCCACGUCCUGGAGGCCCUGUCCCCUCCGCAGACCACGGGAAUCAGUCCCAGCAGGCUCAGUAAAAGCCAGAGCGGCGACGAGGAGGGACCCCUGAGCGACAAGUGCAGCCGCAAGACCCUGUUCUACCUGAUCGCCACGCUCAACGAGUCCUUCCGCCCCGACUACGACUUCAGCGCGGCCAAGAGCCACGAGUUCAGCCGGGAGCCCAGCCUCAACUGGGUGGUGAACGCCGUCAACUGCAGCCUGUUCUCUGCCGUCCGCGAAGAUUUCAACGCCCUGAAGCCACACUUGUGGGACGCUGUGGAUGAGGAGAUCUGUCUGUCCGAAUGUGACAUCUACAGCUACUUCUUCUACAACAAGCGGCUGAAGAGGAUCGUCUUCUUCACCUGCCGCUCCAUCAG